AUGUCGUCAACAAACAACCCGACACCUUCGAUUUCUGCUCCAGCCACUAAUAAUGAGAGAAAUCCCAAACCUUUCCAUUGGCCAUUUGAAAACAGAGAAUAUGAUUUCAGUAGACUCAAAGAUGGUUACGAUGUAUUGUAUAAGAAACUUGUUGACUACACAGAAAAAAUAAUUGAAAACGGACAAUCGCUAACAUUGCGUAAGUUUAUUGUAGUUAAAAAUUCCUUAGUUUUUUCUAAUAAUAUUUACAAAAAUUGUUUUAUUAAUAAGUAAAUAGACCAUUUUUUGUUAACAAAUUGUAAAACAUUUGUUUAAAAAUAAAAAUUUUAAAAUUAUUAGAAGAAGCAGGGCAGAACAAUUGGACCCGCCGUUCCCCCUUUACGAGCCUGCACUGUUUUUUAUUAUAAUGUUAUAAAAAUUUUAACGUUAAUACAGCAAUACAAUUUCAGAAAAAAAAUGGGACAUGUACAGGCUUUCAGAAAUAGUUUGCUUUGCAAACAGGUAAGUGUUAGAGUGUUUACUACAAUAAAACUCAGAAUAGUGUUGUUUUUACAUUUAAAAGAAAUAUUUUACUAAAAGCGCAUUUUUCUUUUCUUGAAAAAUUCAUCUAUUACAAUUUUAGGAACGCGGCAGAUAUGAUUGUACUAACCUACCAUACAAUCGUAUUCAAAAAUUCGACAUGUCAUGUAUGUUUGGAAGAAGAGAGUGUUGAUCCCAUGUAUUGUCUACAAUGUUGUAAAGUCAUUGGUUGUCGAAAAUGCUUAGAAGAAUGGCUAGAAGAAGAACAGAAAAAAACAUUUACAGUAAAAUGUCUGAACUGCCAACGACGUUCUUUUUCGGAGUUUCCUAUGUUUUACCCUGCCAAAUUGUAA